CCUUCUCGCACAGUGGGGCGCGGCGGGGGUCCCGACCCCUACACGCGGGAGGCGCGGCGGGGGCGCGGCGGGGCGGGGCCGCGGCGGGGGCGGGGCCGCGGGGGCGGGUCCCAUUGGCCUCCGCGGGAGCGGCCACGGCGGCGCAGGCGCGGUUCCCGCCUCCUCCGGCCGGCGAGCGAGUGGGAGCUGCAUCCCGGUGCGGCUGCUGGUCGCGUCGUCGCCGCCGCCGCCGCCGCCGCCUCCGCCGCGGAGUCUCCGGGCCCCCGCCCCCCCCCCACGGCCGGGCCGCCCCGAGUCGGAAUGAGCUCCAGGAAAGAAAUCAAGCAGAAGAUUGAGCUGCUGAUGUCAGUUAACUCUGAGAAGUCGUCCUCUUCAGAAAGGCCGGAGCCUCAACAGAAAGCUCCUUUAGUUCCUCCUCCUCCUCCUCCUCCACCACCACCACCACCACCGCUGCCAGACCCAGUUCCUCUAGAGCCAGAGGAGGAGAUUCUCGGAUCAGAUGAUGAGGAGCAGGAGGACCCCGCAGAUUACUGCAAAGGUGGCUAUCAUCCAGUGAAAAUUGGAGACCUCUUCAAUGGUCGGUACCAUGUCAUUAGGAAGCUAGGAUGGGGGCACUUUUCUACUGUCUGGCUGUGCUGGGACAUGCAAGGGAAAAGAUUUGUUGCAAUGAAAGUUGUAAAAAGUGCCCAGCAUUAUACAGAGACAGCCUUGGAUGAAAUUAAAUUGCUCAAAUGUGUUCGAGAAAGUGACCCCAGUGACCCAAACAAAGACAUGGUAGUCCAGCUAAUUGAUGAUUUCAAGAUUUCAGGCAUGAAUGGGAUACAUGUAUGCAUGGUUUUUGAAGUACUUGGCCACCAUCUCCUCAAAUGGAUCAUAAAAUCCAACUAUCAAGGCCUCCCAGUACGUUGUGUGAAGAGUAUCAUUCGACAGGUCCUCCAAGGAUUAGAUUAUUUACACAGUAAAUGCAAGAUAAUUCAUACCGACAUAAAGCCGGAAAACAUCUUGAUGUGUGUCGAUGAUGCUUAUGUGCGAAGAAUGGCAGCUGAGGCUACUGAGUGGCAGAAAGCAGGUGCUCCUCCUCCUUCUGGGUCUGCAGUGAGUACAGCUCCACAGCAAAAACCUAUAGGAAAAAUAUCUAAAAACAAAAAGAAAAAGCUGAAAAAGAAACAGAAGAGGCAGGCUGAGUUGCUGGAAAAACGUCUGCAGGAGAUUGAGGAAUUGGAGCGAGAGGCUGAAAGGAAAACCAUAGAGGAAAGUAUCACGGCUGCCAUCCCAUCCAAUGAGCAAGAUGAUGGGUAUCACCCAGAGGUGAAACUAAAGGAAGCAGGACUAGAGGAAGCAGCUGAAGGAGAGACAGCAAAGGAUAAUGGUGAAGCUGAAGACCAGGAAGAAAAAGAAGAUGCAGAGAAGGAAAAUGCUGAGAAGGAUGAAGAGGAUGUUGAACAGGAACUUGCAAACCUAGACCCUACAUGGAUGGAGCCCCCUAAAGCCAACGGCCAUAUUGAAAAUGGUCCAUUCUUACUGGAACAGCAGCUGGAGGAUGAAGAGGAUGAUGAUGACGACUGUGCAAACCCUGAGGAAUAUAACCUAGAUGAGCCAAAUACAGAGAGUGAUUACACGUAUGGCAGCUCCUAUGAACAGUUCAAUGGUGAAUUGCCAAAUGGACAACAUAAGAGUUCAGAGUUUUCCACAUCAUUGUUUUCUGGGCCCUUAGAACCUGUGGCCUGUGGCUCUGUGCUUUCAGAGGGAUCACCACUUACUGAGCAAGAGGGAAGUAGCCCAUCCCAUGACAGAAGCAGGACAGUUUCAGCUUCUAGUACUGGAGAUUUGCCAAAAACAAAAACCCGAGCAGCAGACCUGUUGGUGAACCCUCUGGAUCCACGGAAUGCAGAUAAAAUUAGAGUAAAAAUCGCUGACCUGGGAAAUGCUUGUUGGGUGCAUAAACAUUUUACAGAGGACAUCCAGACACGUCAGUACAGGUCCAUAGAGGUUCUGAUCGGAGCUGGCUACAGCACACCUGCAGACAUCUGGAGUACAGCUUGCAUGGCAUUUGAGCUGGCAACAGGAGACUAUUUGUUCGAACCACAUUCUGGGGAAGACUAUUCCAGAGAUGAAGACCACAUAGCCCACAUCAUAGAGCUGCUAGGCAGUAUCCCAAGGCACUUUGCCCUGUCUGGAAAAUACUCCCGGGAAUUCUUCAAUCGCAGAGAUCACAUAGCAUUGAUCAUUGAACUGCUGGGGAAAGUCCCUCGAAAAUACGCUAUGUUGGGGAAAUAUUCCAAGGAGUUUUUCACCAGAAAAGGAGAACUUCGGCACAUCACCAAGCUGAAGCCCUGGAGCCUCUUUGAUGUACUUGUGGAAAAGUAUGGCUGGCCCCCAGAAGACGCUGCACACUUUACAGAUUUCCUGAUCCCGAUGUUAGAGAUGGUUCCAGAAAAACGAGCUUCAGCUGGCGAAUGCCUUCGACAUCCUUGGUUGAAUUCUUAGCAGAUUCUACAAAUAUAGCAUUCUGAGCUAGCAAAUGUUUCCCCAGUACAUUGGACCUAAACAGUGACUCUCAUUCUCUAACAGGAUCACAAGAGAGCUGGCUCUACCCUCAGACCUUUGUUUUGCUUUGAGGUACUGUGUGACACUUUGCUUCCUGGGCACCAUGACCCUGGGGAAGGGUAGUCUCUGUCUUCAGCUAAGUAGUUUACUGGCAAUUUUCUUCUGGAAACAAUAACAUGUCUCUAAGCAUUGUUUCUUGUGUUGUGUGACAUUCAAAUGUCAUUUUUUUGAACGAAAAAUAGUUUCCCCUUUGUGUGUUGGCAGGUUUUGUAACUAUUUAUGAAGACAUAUUUUAGCUGACUAUUAUAUAACUUACAAUCUAUAGAAAUUAUCAGUUGGAGCCAAGGAAGAGCAAGGAAAUACACAAUUUUUCCUUCUGGCAUAGGGAAAUAAUCCCUGUAUUAUAGUGUAUGUAACUGUUAAUUUACAUAAAUAGGGGACAAGGGUUCACAUCCAGAAAAGCUACCCCUCCCUCCCGAGUGCUUCUUACCAUACAUUGCAUGUUGCAGAUUUUCACUGCUUGAAGAAGUCACACAAACUUUUCAUUCCAUGACAGUCCAAGUGGUUCUGGACUAGGUGCCACUUUAAAGGAAGGAAAACCUGCUUUUCACUAAGAAAUUGACACUAUAAUCUAGCAGUUCCAUUUGUAUUUUACAUAUUUUUAAAACUACUUUUAAAGAAUAAGUCAUUCUCCCUUAAAAAUGUGAUGACCCAGCACCCCCUAUCAGCACUAUAAGUUAAAUAUGUAGAUUAAAUUGGACAAGAGAAAUAUGUUCAGCGUGUGGAAUGAAAAGAAUAUAUUUUUGGAAAAGCAUGAUCGUGUUUGUCUAAAACACAAGAUGUGGCUUACACAGUUUGCAGCACAGUGGACAGAACACUCCUCACAGCUUAAAGGUAACAAGUGAUCAUGUUCAUUCCAUAAGCAGCUUUACUUGCUACAGCAGUUUACCUGCCUUUUCAUGAAUGAGAAAAUUUUCCCUUUGCAGGCUGCAUAGUUUUAGUUUAUACAUUUUCUUAAAAAUGAUUUGUAGAAUCCAGGACACAAACCGUUAGUAGGCAAUACAACUUUAGAAUGUAACAUAGGGAGGUAUAUUAGCCUCUUAGAAGUCAGUGGAUUGAAUGUCCUUUUUAAAAACAUUUUUAUUCAUUAAGGUGCCUCGUUUUUUCUUGACUUUGUCCAUUAACUUAUCCAUAUGCCUUUGCAAUAAUUAGAUUGUGAAAAGCUAACAAGUGUUGUAACAAUAAUCCUUUGUUUGGGGUGCUUGCACUUGUCUUAAAAAUUAAAGUGUUUUAGGAUUUUUUUUUUUUUGCAGACAUUGCCUUUGUCAUUGCACUGUAUUUGAAGUGACAGAAUCAACAUACAUUUGCUGUCAGUAGUGUCACCAAAGCUAAAGGAGGUACAGAUGAAGUCAUAGGACAUACAUUAAAGCUUAUUACCAGGAGAUCACUUACAGUUUUAGGACAGGAUGGAUUUUAGGAAUGAGGCUUUAGGACAGUCUACAUUGUGGGUGGUCCCUUUUUUAAAAUCAGUGUUCAUCAUAAAUGCAACUAAAUGCAACGGUUUUUCCCUCCUACCCAUUAUCUUUCACUCUGCGUGGACAAGAGUUAGCAUUAAUAUAUCACAUACGGUUGUGAGGUAGAAAGUUCUACUCAUUUAUGAGCUAUGCAUGCUGAGUUUUUCUAAUCAGACUGUGGGUUUCCAUGGAGAUCCCAUGACAGAUAGUGGCUAUGCAGUGUUGUUGGUCAUCAUAGAAGCAUUUGUAUAAGAACCUCAAAGUAUAUCUGUAUUCUUCCCUUUGUCUAAAAGAAUUUUUACUAUUUGAAUGAAAUUUGUCUAAUGUGGUUUUAGCUCAUGUUGGAAAAGCUAGAAUAUUAAAUUUAAGGUAGUUCUCUAUUAAUACCCUAACUAGCUUGCAUACAAGUUCUAGAAAGAAUACAUGUCUGUGACGGAGUACCAUAUCAGGUUCUUGGUAGCAUGCUGAUAUAAAAAUAUAAAGGUUGGGUGUCAUGGUACAGGCCUUUAAUUCCAGGGAGGCAGAGAGCAGGUAGAUUUCUGAGCUGGGUUUAUGUAAGUUGCAGACCAGCCAAGGCUACAUAGUGAGAUCCUGUGUCAAAAACUUUAAGAAAGGAAAAGAAUAAAUACGAGCUUAAAGGUAAACCAUUGGUAAAUCAGAACAGUAUAAUCCACAUAGUAUUUUUAGUUCAAAGACCCUGUGAAAUCUUCAUGGAAAAUUACAAGCAGUAGAUAACAAGUGAUUUUAACAUAUUCAGAAGUAGGUAAUCUGAAAAGUGGCAGAACUCUCCUAAGAAAAAGUGGGCAUUAGAGUUCCAAUCAAGUGACCUUUUUAGGUGAGAUCUACUUGGUGUUUUCAUAUUCCCUGCUUUUUGACAGGUAAGGUAAUAAGUAGAGCUUUGUCACUGGAGUUAAAACACACUCAAUUAUUUUCUUUCUUCGUUUUUCUUUUAACCCUGGCUUGCCUUGAGUGCAUAGACAUCUGCCUACACAGGCAUGCCUCCCUCUACUUUUAAUUAAAAGUUUUGUCCAUCAAAA